AUUAACCCAAAACCCGAUAGAUGAAUAAAAGGAAAAAUACUUAAAGAAAGAGUUGAAGUUUCAUGAGUGAAAUAGUUUUGUCUGAUGAUGACAUAAUGGAAAUAAUUUGAUUUUGGCACAUUGCUGCAGAAAUGACAAGAGCCUUUCUCCCCACCGAAUGCUGUGUGUGGGUCUGAAGUGCUGGAAGAAGCUUAUAUAGUUAGUUCAAAGCCUCAGUAGACAAAAUGUCAAUAGAAUAAGUGGCCUACAUUCUAGACCUGGCCAUGAACCAUUUGGAGGGACCACCUGAGGGGAAGGUGAAUGACGAGCCAGCAAACGGAGAGGUGAACGAGUCAGUGGAGGCUGACCUGGAGCACUUUGAGGUGGAGGAGGAGCAGCAGCAGUAUGCCGCUCAUUACCCGAGACAUGCCAAUGGCAGCCAAGAAGGACAGUCUGGGCAGGAGGAGGAGGGGAUGCUUGCUCGGUCAGCCAGUACAGAGAGUGGCUUCCACAAUCACACUGAUACUGCUGAAGGGGAUGUCAUAGCCACAGCAGAGGAUGGCUAUGACACAGACAGAGUCCAGGAAAAUGAGGAUGAGAGCGCCUACGCAGUGCAGUAUAGGCCUGAGUCUGAAGAGUACACAGAAAAUGCCGAGGCAGAGCAUGCUGAGGCCAUUCAGACCCGAACUCUACCUAACCACUUACACUUUCACUCCAUUGAACAUGAGGAAGCCAUGAAUGCCGCCUACUCGGGGUAUGUCUACACUCAUGGGCUCUUCCACCGAGGGGAGGAUGAACAGUAUGCUGAGCCCUACGCCGACUAUGGACUGCAGGAGCAUGUGUACGAGGAGAUAGGAGAUACACCUGACCUGGAUGUCAGGGAGGGACUACGACUCUAUGAGCAGGAGAGGGAGGAAGCUGACAACUAUCGCAAGGAAGCUCUGGGUGCCCGCCUUCACCACUAUGAUGAACGGUCCGAUGGAGAGUCAGACAGCCCUGAGAAGGAGGCAGAAUUUGCUCCCUAUCCAAGGAUGGAUAGUUAUGAACAAGAGGAAGAUAUUGAUCAAAUUGUGGCUGAGGUCAAACAGAGCAUGAGUUCUCAGAGCCUGGACAAGGCCGCUGAAGAUAUGCCAGAAGCAGAGCAGAACUUGGAAUGUGACCAUACUCCCGGUAGUGGGACUCUCGAGAGCAAUGGUCAGCUCCCAGCUGGCUCCAGGCCCACAGUCAACUCAGGAGAGUCAGUGCAGAGAUACAGCAAGGAGAAAAGGGAUGCAAUAUCUCUGGCUAUUAAAGAUAUUAAAGAAGCUAUUGAGGAAGUGAAGACAAGGACCAUUCGUUCUCCUUACACCCCAGAUGAACCAAAAGAACCCAUCUGGGUGAUGAGACAGGACAUCAGCCCAACCAGGGAUUGUGAUGAUCAGAGGCCACUAGAUGGAGAUUCUCCAUCUCCUGAUUCCUCUUCACCCCGUGGUGCUGAAUCGUCAAGUAGGCAACAUCACCAAGAUGUCUGUGGUACAGCAGAACCUUCCACUAAUAAAGAGUCCAGAAAAAGUUUGGCUUCAUUCCCAACCUAUGUUGAAGUUCCUGGACCCUGUGAUCCUGAAGACUUAAUUGAUGGAAUUAUUUUUGCUGCCAAUUACCUUGGCUCUACUCAACUCCUUUCUGACAAAACUCCCUCCAAGAAUGUGCGAAUGAUGCAGGCUCAGGAAGCUGUCAGCAGAAUCAAGAUGGCCCAGAAAUUAGCCAAAAGCAGGAAGAAGGCCCCAGAAGGUGAAUCUCAGCCCAUGACUGAGGUGGACCUCUUUAUCUCUACGCAGAGAAUAAAAGUGUUGAAUGCAGACACACAGGAAACUAUGAUGGAUCAUCCUCUGAGGACCAUUUCCUACAUUGCAGAUAUAGGGAAUAUUGUUGUGCUGAUGGCUCGGCGGCGAAUGCCUCGAUCUAAUUCCCAGGACAAUGUGGAGGCAUCUCACCCUUCUCAGGACGGAAAGAGGCAAUACAAAAUGAUUUGCCAUGUCUUUGAAUCUGAGGAUGCACAGCUGAUUGCACAGUCCAUAGGUCAAGCCUUUAGCGUGGCCUACCAGGAAUUCCUGAGGGCAAAUGGAAUAAAUCCAGAAGACCUGAGCCAGAAGGAGUACAGCGACCUGCUCAACACCCAAGACAUGUACAAUGAUGACCUCAUUCAUUUUUCCAAGUCUGAAAACUGCAAAGAUGUUUACAUUGAAAAGCAAAAGGGAGAAAUUCUAGGUGUCGUGAUUGUGGAAUCUGGCUGGGGAUCCAUCUUGCCCACAGUUAUUAUAGCCAACAUGAUGCAUGGAGGACCAGCAGAGAAGUCAGGAAAGCUGAACAUAGGGGAUCAAAUCAUGUCAAUUAAUGGUACCAGCUUGGUCGGCUUACCACUCUCAACAUGCCAGAGUAUUAUAAAGGGUUUGAAAAACCAGGCCCGGAUUAAACUGAAUAUAGUGAGAUGUCCUCCAGUAACCACCGUCUUGAUCAGAAGACCUGACCUCCGAUAUCAGCUGGGUUUCAGUGUACAGAAUGGGAUCAUCUGUAGCCUUAUGAGAGGAGGUAUAGCAGAGCGAGGAGGAGUACGAGUGGGCCAUCGGAUCAUUGAAAUCAACGGACAGAGUGUUGUAGCAACGCCCCAUGAAAAGAUCGUUCACAUUCUCUCAAAUGCUGUUGGUGAGAUUCAUAUGAAGACUAUGCCAGCGGCCAUGUACAGAUUGUUGACUGCGCAGGAGCAGCCAGUUUACAUCUAAGGCUGAUACCUCACCUUCACAACAUGCAUGGAGGAUGUUUCUCCUCGUCAGUGGUUGUGUUUCUAGUACUGCAUUUCUGUGUCUGCAGAGACAUCUCUAUCUCUGUCUUCUCUCUCUCCAACAUUUUGCUGUGUACAGGGGAAAAAAAUUCCAUGAGACUUUUUUUGGUUGCAUCUUUUUGCAUUAUGUAAUUCCUCACAGAAUAGAAAAAUUAGUUAUUCACAGCUAGUUUAACAAAGGACUGAUUGCACUUCUUCAAGCUCCGUCAUCAGUCAUAUAUCUAUGGCCAUAACUCGACAACACAAAUACAUUAAGUAUUACUAAAUUAGAAAGCUUGCUCUACAAACAGAUCAAACCACAGGGUAAAGUUCUCCUCUUGGACUCCACAUAGAAGAUUUUUGACUCCAUUAAUCUGUUCUCUCUGUGUGCACUGAGCGUAACAUUACCAACAAAGAGUUCAACAUACACAGGGAGAGCAGAGAAGGGGAUAGUUCUGCCCUAAAGGAGGAGUUAAAAGUCUAUGAAGAAUGAGUUAAUGAGUAAGUGAUGUUGUGGUAAAACUCAUAAUUCAAAUGCACACCUCUUAAUUGUCUUUAAGGUUUAUUCUUCAGGAUCGUGUAACCUCAAAGGUGGUUUGUAUGUUGCUGAAAUGCGUAAGAGUGUCAUUGUCUCACUAGGGCAUACUAGAGGAGGUACUUUCACCAUUUGGUCUCCCAGGUAUGAGUCUUUUUUUCCCCCCAAAAAAAUCUUUUUCUUCAUUUUUAGAUGCAGGAUAUCUUUUAUAUCCCCCUCCCUACUCAGAGGUAGGAGAAUGUUAAGUGGCCUAUAAAUAUACAGCAAGAAUUAUAUUUUGGGGGCUUCUGCUGAAAAUCUAAAUUUUUAAAGCUCUUAAAUACACAAUUUCUCAUUGUUGUGUGGGUGAAUGUGUUUUUUGUGUGUGUGUGUAUUUAAAACUGUGCUUGAUAUUUAUGAAAUUUGAACAAAAAUAGGUCUACAUACAGUUGUAAGUAGUUUUGUUACUCUGAGCCAGUAUUAACAUAUCUUUGGUCCAAAGACUGUUUAAUUUUAAUUACUUUUUUUUCUUUAGCUCAUGAUCUGGAUAACAGUUGGGGAGGUGGGAUGGGAGUGAGGAGAAAUUAAUUUAUUUGUAAUAUAUAUACAUAUAAAUAUAUAUAUAAAGUUAAUCCAUGGUUCUCCAUUUGUAGAACAUUAAAGGGUUUUUAUGUACUUGUACAAUGAAGAAGAGGGUUCAAAAACAUUGUGGGGUGCAUGAUAUCAAGGAUUUGCGUGGUCUAUAAAUUUUGGAGAGUGGCGCUGGGGAGGAGGGGAGAAGAUAGUAAUAGUAGUAGUGACUCUCCUCCCUCCAGAAGGAGAGACCUCUCUAUUCCAUGUAAGGUAGUUCUGUUCCAUUAGUCCUAUGUAGUCACAUUUAAGCUCAUAUAUUACUGUGAAUUUAGACCAGUCAGAUGCCUUUAAAUUUAUCAAAAGUAGCAGCUUCUGCUGCAUCUUAUUACAACACAAAGAUUUAAUGUGAUGAAAAUACUGGAGCAGGACAAAACAAAAAUCUCAUCUCUGUGUGUGUGUGUGUGUGUGUGUGUGUGUGUGUGUGUGUGUGUCUGAUGGCCACUAACAUCAGUUUCUCAUUUAAUGAGGGAUGGACUGUGCAAUAUAAGCACUGUGGUUGCAGACUGGAGAUGACAUUUGGAAUUGUCUCCAGAGAUUUCAUAGCUUAGAUAUACAUGUGUGUACAUUUCUGUGAUUAAGUGAGCUGUGAAAACUCUGCCUUUGUCUGAUCACUUAGUUCCAUCUGUGAUCAGGGGCCCAAUUUUUCCUUCAAAAACAAUGGACUGAGUGGAGAGAAAGAAGAUAAAAUUUUUAUUUCAACUGGCAGCAAAUACUGGAACUAUUUGAGGGAGAUAGUGGAAUGGUGAGUAAGCUGUUGUAGUAAAUGAAUAUGUUUUGGUGUAAGAGUACUGUACAAUUAUUUGAUGUACAGCAGUUCUUGUUGUUAGGUAAUCAGAUCCCAAUCUCUGGAAUAACAAACUUUACAAGGGCAUGGUGGUAUUAUUCCAGAUUAGUAUUUACUCUGCCGUCAGACAGAUGCAAAUAGAUUGUGAAUUACUUGUGAGUAGAGAUUUUAUUGUCAGGCAUCUGGUUUAUGAAGGUCAUAGGAACACUUUUUUUCAUAACUUCCCAUCUGUAUAGUAAUAUAUGUAAAUAUGAUAUAUACCAUGUAUAAUUUAGAAGAUUAUAUACAGUGCAGCCUUUCCAUAAGUUGCCUGAGUGAAAAGCUACUCUUGAAGACAUGGUUACCACACUGCUGGUUCCCAACUUUAACUUCCAUAUUAAUUUUCUGCUUUUGUGGCUCUAGCCAACUCCCAUUGAGGAAUCUCCAUCGACUUCAACGGAAGAUGGAUCAAGCCCUCAGUAUGCAAAUGAAUAUAGGGUUGUAACAGUGAUUGAUUCUUAGAAACUAAGGUUCCUAUCCUGCAAACGCAUGUGUGCUUAACUUUAGGCACCUGAGUAACCCAUUGACUUCACUGGGACUGCACAUGUGAGUGAGUAUAAACUAAGCAUGUGAGUGCAGGAUUGGGACCUCACUGAGAAUGUGAAUUGUUCUAUUACAAUAGACGUAUUAUGAUUUCUAAACAGGGACAGAUAGAUAGUGUAAGCACUCCUAAUGUAAACAGUCCCACAAGUGCAGCCUGGAAAGGGAAAGCGUGUUUCAGAAAUACAAUGAACUCAAAAGGGAGAGUUGACACCUCCGUAGUCUGUUGUUUUUUCCAUUGAUGUUUAAAAGAUGUUAGAGCAGCCGUUUAUGUUAGUAUUUUAGAUGAGUGAAAUUCUCCAUGGGUUGAAAGGAAUAACCUACCAUUUUACAUUCCUUCUCUUCCGUGAAGGUCCUGCAAAGCUGUCCCUUCACUGUUUAGUACAAUAUUACUAACUUUUCAGUGUUUACAUUAAGGAUGAAAUGUCCUUUAAUUUUUUUUAUUGGUAGUUUCACACUUAUUUGUUUGACUCUCUUUAUAAUUUAAGGCUUGGUUUGUAUUUCUUGAGUGCAGAUUUUUUUUUAAUUUUCUAAAUGAAAUCUGUUUAUGAAGAUGGCAGUGUGGGUGAGAUUUCUUGUAUAUAUUUAGCACAGUACUUAGAAUAUGAAGUUUUACUAUUGUUCUGUAAAGAGGGUGAAUAGAAAUUAUUGUAAAGCGUCGGGGAAAGUAUAGUAUUGUAUUUGUAACAAUAUUGUUCUUUGUAAACACUAAACUCAAUCUCUAUAUAUAAAUAUAAAUAUAUAUAUAAAUAUAUGUGAGCCUGGAAUGUUGAUACUGCACAUCUACUGAAUGUAAUUCCUCUGACGUUUUUUGUCACAGGUCUCUGACCCUCUGUCUGUAACGCAGCUCCAGUGGUUUGAUUGAUUUUUUUGCCAGCUGUUUUGUUGUGAUGUAUUUACUGUGCUACAUUCCUUUAUUUAAUGGAGCGCUAAUGACGGUAAGAUUUGCAACA